AUGAAUCAUAUUGGAAGUCCGGCUCUCAUUCCUUUCGGGAUGGGAAGUGGGGAAAUAGGGUUCUUCUUUCCACCCGGUUUCGGGACACCGGACGUCACAACUAGAAGUCCCCCUAAAGACAUCCCAUGUAACAGCUCAGCCGUCUCCUGCAGCGGCCGUUGUGGUGACGACGUCCACAUCCCGUGUUCCUGUGAUGAUGAUUGCCAGACGUACGAAGACUGUUGUCAUGACUUCAAGGACGUGUGUAACCCGUCGUCAGAACCCCUUCCUCUCUCCAUGAUCCGCAACAGCGACUGUUUUGAGACAGACACUGGCCUUGAGAGGUUCAUCAACAGGUGUCCGCCAGGCUACUCGAAUGCAACCAUACGAGACAAGUGCCACAACGAUGGCUGGGACGCUGCCAGCACUGUUGAUCGCAUCCCUGUAACGGAUAAAGCAACCGGCUUGAAUUAUCGGAACAUCUUCUGUGCAGUAUGCAAUGGUGCGAAAUCCCCGAGAGGAUGGGAGGCCCGAGUGUUAUGUGCAGUCUUUCCCGCCGUCUUUGAUACAUUGGUUGCCCGGAUAAGAGCUGGCCUAUGCGAGAUCAGAGUAGAGAGACCCACAGAUGUUGGAGGACGGCCUUGUGUGAUGGGAGCCAUACAGUCAUGUCCCAACACCAGUUCUACUGAACUCGCACAGGAAUGUUUAGCCUACACUUCCUACAUCAGACCUGUAUCACAGCCGCUGAAGAUUUACGCCAACAUCCAUUGCUACCAGUGUAACAACGACCUGACACCACCAGGGGUUUGCACUGACACGAUAGAAGUCGACCAUCAGAGAAAGGACUUAUUCUUUCAUAAUCAGUUUGACAUGAGUAUUUUGAUAUGGAAUCAAGACAUGAAGGCAUGGGGGUUGGGUUUCACAUCACUAAACAUGCGUCCACUUACGUCCACUCUGAGUGUCUGUGAAUUAGGGGAUGUUAUUACCAGCACAUGUCCUAUUAAGAUAGAGGGGGAAGGUAAGACAGUUAACAUGAUACCAUUCACAGUAGAGAUCAUUUUAUGUUUUGUACCUGGAGAACAAGUUCCUAUACUUGACCCUGAGGUAUUGAACAUUCAUGACGUCCGCACUAGUAUUUACAACGUAAGUACAGUAUCUGACUUUGUAAUCCGUGGAUGGUUUAAGCACACGCAUAGAGGCAUAACCGGUGACGGCAAUAGUCUCUUGACACUGAUUGUGUUUGUGUACUUUGAACAAUGUCCAUCAAUGACCGAAAUGGAAUUGAUUGCAGCCUCAAUGUCCAACGGUUUGAGCCCAUACUUUCUUAACAACUAUCCGGACCUCGAGGGGAAGCUCGUACUUCAUUAUGCCAGACAGUUUGCCAUACCAAUUAUAUAUAAAUCUAUCAUACAAUUCAUAAAUUCUGACAAUUUUGUUGACACCGAAUCAUUGAUCAAACCAGUCGAUAAUUACAGGAGUGGUGGUGCUCCGAGCACAACCCGUCGUACAGAUGCAGCAAUCUAUCUGCUCAGCAUGUCUAUUGGAAUAGCUUUAUCACAACUAAUCGAAAUACGAUUCAGCCUAACAGUGCUCAACAUGUGCCCGUUCAUACCAGAAAUGGUGAAUCAUUAACAGCAUAUUGUCCAAAUGAUUCAAAACAUGGAAUAGCCAACAUACGAGUAUGUUGAUAAGGAUAAACUCCCGGAAAACACAGAUGGUGUCAUAUUAGGAUUUUUCUGUACUUCAAUGGGAAUA